AUGUGUUCUUCCUAUAAUUCUUGUCAUUUCCUCCAUGACCCAUCGGUUUCAUCCGCGCCGCUGGACAAAAAGAUAGCUUUCCUACAAUCAAAAAACUUAACACAGGAAGAGAUCGAUCAAGCGCUUUCGAGAGCAGGCGAAGACUCAUCUGCAACUGCUACUCAGCAUCCUACCCAAAACACUGCAGGUCAACAACCAAUUUACCGGCAACCGACUCAGCUAUAUGGCCAAAACUAUGCAUAUGGUCCGGGAGGUCAAUGGCAACCUACACCGCCUCCUCCGGAAUUGCCGAAACGAGAUUGGCGAGAUUGGUUUAUCAUGGCGACAGUGAUAGGCGGUGUCGGAUAUGGCUUGUACUCUGUGGCUAAGCGAUAUAUCGUACCCCUUAUCGCUCCUCCUACCCCUCCUCAGCUACAGCAGGACAAAGAGAGCAUUGACGAACAGUUCUCUCGUGCUUUUGCGCUCCUCGAUCAGCUAUCAAGCGACACAGCAACCCUUAAGAGCGCGGAAGAAGCACGGACCGAGCGCCUUGAUUCUGCGCUUCGUGAAGUGGAAAAUGUGAUUACAGAUUUGAAGACCUCCUCGCGGCGACGGGAUGAGGACACCCGGCGUAUUGGGGAAGAGGUAAAAGGUUUGAAAGACAGCAUACCCAGAGCCAUCGAUGGGGCGAAGGAAGGAAAUGAAAAACGACUCAAAGAGCUUGGUAAUGAGCUCAGAAGUUUGAAAGUUCUUCUCGGGAAUCGACUUAGCUCAGCAUCCGGCAGUGUCUCGGCGGCUUCUUCUGCUCCACGGCCUGGUUCCACCACGCCCCAGCUAAGUCAAGAUACAUCCGCAAAUCGCCCCAGCGCGACAACUCCCUCAUCACAAGCUGCCGCAUCCACUCCUGUCCCCACUCCCGCACCACAGCAUGUGCCAGCUCCCACGUCCCGGGAGAACUCCAGCAGUCCAUUUUCCCAGCUUGCAAAACCGGCAAGCAUCCCUGCGUGGCAGAUGGCUGCUUCCAAUAAAUCCAAGACAGCCACAGUGGAGAACGCAAGCUUCAGUACCGAUGAUCGAGAGACAAGUGCUCCUGCCAGCUAA